AUGCCGUCGCGCAUCCAAGGCACAUCGCCCUCUCCACGACAGGCUCCCAGUACCGUCAACGAUGUGGUCAAUGCUCUGCAGCGCAAAUUGACAAGCAACCACAUUGAAACGUCCGUCACCCCUCCGAGAAGACCGUCAUUCUCGAUGGAUUCAUUACUUCAUCCCAAAAAGGACAAGAAUCAUGAAGAGCCCCGAGACCGCGACUCCAGCAAUUCCAAGCGUUUGUCACUAACCGGCCGUCAUUCAAGCAAAUCCAAGGACAGCGCAUCUGCCCGUUCGCCGCGAGUCACAGCAGCUCAGCCGGGCCGCUUCGAAAUGAUCAUUGAAUCCCCUCCGCUGGUUAUGUAUGGGAACUCUAGCAAUUCGAGUGGAGCACUACUGUCGGGCCGCCUGAAAUUCCUAGUCAGCGAUCCCACCGGUGAGGUGCGGUUAAACAAUUUCCACAUGGUGCUGAGAGCCAUCAGUACUUCCAAGAAACCGGUUGGCAAAGACUGUAGGGAAUGCAGCGAGAAGGUCGAGAUCCUCAAGACCUGGGAAUUCCUUUCCGAACCACGGACUUUCUCUGGCAAAGACAACCAAUUUCCUUACUCCUUCCUCCUCCCAGGCCAUCUGCCCGCCUCGACACAAUCCCAGCUGGCGUCGAUCCAAUACUCGCUGCUGGCAACAGGGACCACUUCGCAUGGCGAGGAGAUUACCAUGACUCACCCAUUGACUGUCCAACGAGCAAUUCAACCUGGUCCCGACAAGUCAAGCAUUAGGAUCUUCCCGCCGACCAAUCUUACCGGGCGAGUACAACUUCCCCCGGUCGUCCACCCCAUUGGCGUCUUCCCAGUCACAAUGUCAUUAAGCGGCGUGGUGGAAAAGAAGACCGAAAGUCAGACUCGGUGGAGGCUCAGAAAAAUGACCUGGCGGGUCGAGGAGCACUCCAAGGCAAUAUCGAACCCCUGCCCCAAGCAUGCUCACAAGGUCAGCGAGGGAAAGUCCAUCCUCCACCAGGAAACCAGAGUCCUCGGCAACGACGAGUUGAAGGGUGGCUGGAAGAGUGACUUUGAUACAAUCGGAGGUGAAAUCACCAUGGAAUUCGAGGCGUCUUUGACGACUAAGAGUGGCCAACGACCCAGCUGCGACGUGGAUUCGCCGACAGGAAUUGAAGUCAAGCACAACCUGGUCAUCGAGUUGAUAGUCGCCGAAGAGUUUUGCCCGAACAAAAAUCUUUCCCUCGUCACUCCCACCGGUGCUGCCCGUGUGCUCAGGAUGCAGUUCGGCUUAGUUGUUACAGAACGAGCCGGCAUGGGUAUUAGCUGGGACGAAGAAAUGCCACCUGUUUACGAAGAUGUUCCACCAAGUCCACCCGGGUAUGGCAGCGCCGACAGGAAUGACGGGGCGUGGGGUGGAGCGGUCAUCGAGGACUACCACGGCGAGUUGCCCGAAUAUGAAGAUCUGGAAAACAUGGGCAACGAAGAAUCUUCUGCUGCCGCACGCAAUACCGGCCUUCCAAUGCGACAGAGGCCGCACCCGGUUGGCCGAUCCAGCUCCGGCGGUGACGGUCCCUCGCGGAGAUUCAGUCCCAUCAGGAGACCUUUGGCUGGUUUGACGAACGACGAGCUGGGUGCCGAGCCUCCUCAGUACACCUUGAACCGGCGACAGUCGGGAGACCAGCAACAGACUGACUCGCAAGAAGAUUAUGCCGAAGGCAGCACGUCGGCCGCGCGAUAA